GGUGUUUGCCCAAAAUAGUAUUUGACCAUUGUUGGUCCUGCAGGUGAUACAGGAGAAAUUAAGUCAGAGGUCCGAGAGCAGAUCAAUGCUAAAGUAUCCGAGUGGAGAGAGGAAGGCAAAGCAGAGAUCAUUCCUGGGGUUCUCUUUAUAGAUGAGGUCCACAUGUUAGACAUCGAAUGCUUUUCAUUUCUCAAUCGAGCUUUGGAAAGUGACCUCUCACCUGUGCUCAUCAUGGCCACUAACAGAGGAAUCACUCGGAUUAGAGGCACCAACUACCAGAGUCCUCAUGGAAUACCCAUAGACAUGCUUGACCGUCUGCUGAUCAUCGCUACAUCUCCCUACACUGAGAAAGAGACCAGACAGAUACUAAAGAUUCGUUGUGAAGAAGAGGAUGUUGAGCUCAGCGAGGAGGCACAUACAGUUUUAACACGUAUUGGACAGGAAACUUCACUGCGUUAUGCCAUCCAGCUCAUCAGCACUGCAGGCCUGGUGUGCCGCAAACGCCGGGGCACGGAAGUCCAAGUUGAAGACAUUAAAAGAGUCUACUCCCUCUUCCUGGAUGAAUCCCGAUCUUCACAGUAUAUGAAAGAGUAUCAGGACUCCUUCCUUUUCAAUGAAACACAAUCUACUCAGAUGGACACCGCAUAAUGGGAUGAAGUGUGAAGAGGAAUAUUCAGUCAUCGCUCCUGUGAAGUUUAUUUUUUUUACUUUGUUCCCGCACCCUCCUUGUGGAGCCAUCUUAUAACUGUUCAGUCAUUUAAGUGUACUUGUGCACUCUUUUGUCUUUCACCUCAUUUUGCUACUUGGUAUUACUUAAUUUUAUAUGUUGUGCAUUGAAUUUAAAAAAGUCUUUGGGUGUAAAGCGUGGCAACCAAAAGAUGAAAUAAAACAAACAGAACAAA